AUGUCCGCCGACGACAAGAAGGGCGCUGACCCUGUCGAGAUGGAGCGUCUGGUCGAGGAGCCGCCCUCUCCGACGCUGCCGACCGUGAACCCCGACGUUGCGCCCAGCAAGCCGACUGGCGUUGCGCUUCCGCCAUGGGUCUACGUCGUCGCCUGGAUCUCCUUUUCCUCCAUGGUGAUUCUAUUUAACAAAUGGGUGCUGCAUACGCUCAAAUUCAAGUAUCCCGUCAUCCUCACAACCUACCAUCUCGUCUUCUCUACCGUCGUGACGCAAAUCAUGGCGCGCUACACCACCAUGCUCGACAGCCGCAAGACCGUCAAGAUGACGGGCCGCGUCUACCUGCGUGCCGUCGUUCCCAUUGGCGUCUUCUUCAGUGUCAGCCUCAUCCUAAGCAACGUCGCCUACCUCUACCUAUCCGUAUCCUUUAUCCAGAUGCUCAAGGCCACGACGCCAAUGGCCGUGCUGCUCGCCGGCUGGGCCCUCGGCGUGUCCCAGCCCACUCUGAAGCAGGCCGCCAACGUGUCCGUCAUUGUGUUCGGCGUCAUCAUUGCCUCUGUCGGCGAGAUUGACUUUGUUCUCACCGGCUUCGUCAUCCAGCUCGGCGGCGUCAUGUUCGAGGCCCUGCGCCUGACCAUGGUGCAGCGCCUUCUGUCGGGCGACCUCAAGAUGGACCCUCUCGUGUCGCUCUACUACUUUGCGCCCGUCUGCGCCGGCCUCAAUGGCCUCAUCGCCCUCUUCACAGAACUACCUCGCUGCACCAUGGCCGAGGUGCUCCACGUCGGCCUGUUUACCUUUUUCCUCAACGGCCUCUGCGCCUUUAUGCUCAACGUCUCUCUCGUGCUGCUGAUUGGCAAGACGUCCGCCGUCGUACUGACCAUCUGCGGCGUGCUCAAGGAUAUUCUGCUCGUUGUCGCGUCCAUGGCCAUUUUCGGAUCGCAGGUCACAGCGCUCCAGUUCUUUGGCUACUCGAUCGCGUUGGGCGCCAUGGUCUACUACAAGCUCGGAUACGAGCAACUCAAGGGCCAUGUUGCCGAGGCGAAUCGUCAGUGGGCGGCAUUUGGUGCCGAGAAGCCAGUUCUUCGCCGUAUCAGCAUAGCCGUACUGACAGUCUUUGCUGGAUUGGCGGUGCUUGGUGGUCUCAAAGGUGUCAUGUGA